CGGCCGCCGGCCCUGCGCGCCCCGGCCCGUCUGCGGCGCCGCGGCCAGCUGGCGCCAGCGCUCAUAUAGGAUGCGCGGGGAUGGGACCGAGCCGGCCAGAGCCGCGGCUUUGCCAUCUGAGUAACACCCUCCAUCCAACCUCCCGCUCUCCUCCUCCCGCGCUCGCUCGGCUUUUCCCCCUUUCUUUUUUCCUCUCGUUCUCCUUUUUCCCGCAGCCUCCGAGCGGGCACCCGUCUCCUCUCUGCCUCCCGCCCCGGGUGCUGCCCCGCCACCCGCCCGCGGACAGAGGGACGCGUUGACUCCGGGGCCCACCCCGCAUCCUCCCGAGGGCGAUCUCCGGACACCCGACGGUUUUCUCCUAAACAAUCGCCCGUCUGCUAAACCUCCCCCCCACAAACCUCCCCGGUACCUCCGCCUGCAGACCCCGACCGCCGCUCGCCGCUGCCCCGCGGGUGAGCGGGAGGGGAGGCCCGAGGCCAUGGAGGUGGCCACGGACCAGCCUCGCUGGAUGACCCACCACGCCGUGCUCAACGGGCAGCACCCCGAGAGCCACCACCCGGGACUGGCUCACAACUACAUGGAACCAGCGCAGCUCCUACCUCCGGACGAAGUCGACGUCUUCUUCAACCACCUGGAUUCCCAGGGCAACCCUUACUACGCCAACUCUGCCCAUGCCCGGGCCCGGGUCUCCUACAGCCAGGCGCACGCCCGCCUGACCGGGAGUCAAAUGUGCCGGCCUCAUCUUAUCCACAGCCCCGGGAUCCCUUGGCUGGACAGCAGCAAAGCGGCACUGUCUGCCCAUCACCACAACCCCUGGACCGUCAACCCCUUCACCAAGACCCCCCUGCACCCCUCGGCAGCUGGAGCACCCGGGGCCAUCUCGGUGUACCCUGGCAGCAGCACGUCCAGCACCGCAUCUGUCUCCUCACUCACCCCGGCCUCGCACUCAGGCUCCCAUCUCUUUGGUUUCCCCCCGACCCCUCCCAAGGAAGUGUCUCCGGACCCCAACUCCACCAGCGCUGCCUCCCCUUCGUCCUCCGCUGGGGCCAGGCAGGAGGACAAAGACAGCAUCAAGUACCAAGUGUCGCUGUCGGAAGGGAUGAAGAUGGAGAGCGCCAGCCCGCUCCGCAGCAGCCUCACCAGCAUGGGGGCCCAGCCCUCCACCCACCAUCCCAUCCCCACAUACCCCUCCUACGUGCCAGCUGCCCAUGACUACAGCAGCAGCCUCUUCCACCCAGGCAGCUUCCUGGGGGGCCCAGCAUCCAGCUUCACUCCCAAGCCACGAAGCAAGGCCAGAUCCUGUUCGGAAAGAAAUCCGGUUUCUUCGUGUUUCCAUUUAGAAGGCAGGGAGUGUGUGAACUGUGGGGCUACCUCAACCCCUCUCUGGAGAAGAGAUGGCACCGGGCACUACCUGUGCAACGCCUGCGGGCUCUACCACAAAAUGAACGGUCAAAACCGACCUCUCAUUAAACCCAAACGAAGGCUGUCAGCGGCCAGGAGAGCAGGGACGUGUUGUGCCAACUGUCAGACAACCACCACGACCUUAUGGCGACGCAACGCCAAUGGGGACCCAGUUUGUAAUGCCUGCGGACUCUACUAUAAACUGCACAAUGUGAGUAUUUGCUCAUCUCAUGUGUCGCGGGGAUUGAUGUCUUAACUGCGCGGUGUACACUGGGCUUUUAUUGGUUUGGGGGGGGAAGGGGGGGGGGGCUGGUUGUUGUUUUAUUCCUUCCCUUGGUCUCUAAGGUUCCCCUGGGGAGUGACAGCCAUUCUUUGUCAGCAUAGUGAUGCUAAGUUAGAUGACAUUACAAUGUAUGAGCUUGGCUUCUAACGCUUGGGCAAAGCAGGCCAAAUUGUGCAUGACACUUGGUUUUAACUAAGCAUGUUCUGUGCAUCUUUUGGCCGUGGGAAAUAGGCUCUGGGCAAGAAUUGAUCCCAACGGAGCAUCUUCGUUUUGAUUUAAAAAUAAUAACGCAUCUAAGGCUUUGUGUUUUUGUUAUUUUUUAAAAAGAAAUUUGUUCUAAGCAGGAAUCACUUGUCCUUUUGUAAAGUUAUUUAAACUACAGGUAACUGAGGUUACUGGUGUUGGAUUGUUCACGUCUAAGGUCUGAAUUUAGGUCAACGUGUGCCUCCUGGUUUGAUCUCAUUCUCUUAGGAAAUGAAUGACUGAGGGCAAGCCUACGGGAAAGAGAGUCAUCGGCUGCCAAAUUCAGUUCAAUUUGUUUUUCAUGUCUGGGUUUGUGUGUGUGUGUGUGUGGUUUUAUUAAACAAAUCAAUAUAAACAAGUUCUACAGAGAGAAACACCGUUUUUUUCCCCUCUUUUUCUGGCCAGAAAAAGGUCUCCAUCCAGGAAAAACACAUGGGGGCUGUCCAAAUAUUUUCAUUUUUGCACAAUAAAGUCAUUUUGUCAGCAUGAGCCUGAUUUUCUCAUCUCUUGCAGGUGAACAGACCCCUGACUAUGAAGAAAGAAGGAAUUCAGACCAGAAACCGAAAAAUGUCCAACAAAUCAAAGAAAAGCAAGAAAGGCUCUGAGUGUUUUGAGGAACUGUCCAAGUGCAUGCAAGAGAAAUCGUCUCCUUUCAGCGCUGCUGCCCUUGCUAGUCACAUGGCACCUAUGGGGCAUUUGCCACCCUUCAGCCACUCUGGACACAUCCUACCAACACCUACCCCUAUCCACCCAUCUUCCAGCAUCUCAUUUGGACAUCCGCACCCAUCCAGCAUGGUUACAGCCAUGGGAUAAAACCUGACGACUAAGAGACCCACCCAGAGAUCGAGAACAUGGGGCUUUACCUAAGACGACACCAAGUAAGAAAAUGUUCUGCCAAGAGGAGAAUGUAGGGAUGGCGAAAAAGGGGAUCUGUGCUCCCGUGUGGUUUAAUUCUUCAUGCUGGACUAAAGCCUUGCAAGUGAUGGGUCUCCUGCAGAAACGUGUAGUGGUGCCUGUAAUGCACUUUGCCCCCUCAGGUAUAAGGAAAAGAAGAACUCACCUGGUCGAUAUUGAGUUGUGUAGCAGAAAGCAAAAGGUGGCAGAAGCAGAAAGAAGAGGCUGGAACUGGCUUUCCUUUCUCUCUUUGUUAUUACUGUGAAUAUUGUAAAGAGAUAUAAGCAGCCUCCCAGGAUGGAAUCGGCUCACUGGAAGCCACACAUGCUGGAUUUCUAUUGUGGACUCUGUUUGGGGAGGGGAAAGGAGAAAAAAAAAAAAAAAGAAAAAAAGAAAAAAGAAAAAGGAUGUCUUUAUAAAAACUUAAUUUUUAAAAUGAAAUCAGACACAAAGUCAUAUUUAUUUUGCUCUUGUUUUCCACAAAAAGCCUCAACCCCUCUGAGUGCAUGUUUGUGUGCUGUUGGUUGCAAUGGCUACCCUGUAUGAAAAUCUGCCUUCAUAAAUAUGGGAAGGGACACUAUUCAGCGGCCUCCCUAGAUUUGCUCCAUCUAUCUUCUGUACCAAAAUAUCCCCUAGGAAGGGAAUAAAGCGAGGGUGGGCAAAGCAAGAACUGUAGCCGCAGUAUGGGAUUUCAGUGCGCCCAAGACAGUGAUUAUUUUUGACACAAUUUCUUCUUUCAUGUUAGGGAAAAGAAUGACUUAUUUUAAAAAAACAACAACAAAAAGAAACCCCACACAACAGCCCCCCUCCCAGCUACACUAUUAUUCCUUGAACCAGACAGCUCCCAUCUGACUAACUGGUGGGAAGACGCUCCCGGAAGGCAGUCCUGCGUUAGCGAGGGGUGAAAUACCAAAUCGCUGCAGCUAACAUGCAGCAAAACAACAGGAAAAAUAAAAUGGCAGGGCAUAAAACCAUCCAACUCACAGACUGCUGAGGUUGAAGCAUUUUGUUCUGUUGUGUUGGCAGCUGUUGCUUAGAAAAAUGCAGCUCAGCUUCUUGGGUAAACUUAGGGCAGCGCGACAGCGGGUCCGCACGCAGCAAGGCAGCGUGUGCUGUCUCAGGCAUCCAGCCCCCACAGACUUCACAGGGAGGAAGGGCAGAAAUGAGGUUGAGAUCACUGGAGAGGGGAAAAGGAGAGACAAUCAGUUUGAGCUUCACACAUCCGUCAAAUCCCAGACGCAGCGACAGCUGAUGAGAUGAGGGAAAGUGCCGUACGGCCACUUUCCAUAGAGCAUUUUGUAAGAAAAAGAGAAGAAAAAAAAAAGAAAAAAAAAAGUAAAAAAAAAAAGUUUAGAUCUCCCAUUAUUAAACCACAUUGUACGUAAAUGACCGAAAACAAAGCUAUUGCGAAUGUGAAGUGUAUUCUAUUGAUUGUUAUGAUCUGAUGCCUCUCGUGAACACAAGCUCCAGUAUAACAUACAGUGUACAUAUUUAGCUAUACUUCUGAUGAAAACGCCCCAAUGAGCAGAGGGGUUUGAUAAUGUAAACCAUGUAAGCUUAACUCUGUGACAAGCUUCUUUCUUUUCUUUUUUUUUUUUUAAAAAAAAAAACUUUUAACUUUUUUUUUGUCGUUGUUGGGGUUGGUUUUUUUUUGUUUUUUUUUGUUUGUUUGUUUGUUUGUUUUUGGUUUUUUUUGGAUCAAGCCAAUUGUAUCUUUACUGCAAAAGUCCUGCUUUAAAGAAAGGGGAAAAAAGAAAAAACAAAGCCACAACAGAACAAAUAAAAAUGGCUGUAUGUUGAUUUUCUUUUUCUAACCACGUAAUUCGAAUAUUUGGUGAUGAAUUAAGAAGCAGGCAGACAUGGAAAAUCCUGCUUGCAUCCUUUUCCUGGUCUGUGUAGGCAUAUAGGUGCACUUUGUAAAGAAGUGGAAAUGAACGGGGGGAAACAAAAAGCAGUUGGGAGAAAUCACAAACCUUCUUAAUCUACUGAGGGAAAAAAAAAAACAAC